AUGAACCCUGCAAGCAUGAAGCCAACCCGUGGCUACGUCGUUACUUCUUUCAAGCCUACCAAUUUUGGCAAUGAGAACCAACCUCCCACAAAGAACAACAGCCACGAACGUUCGCCAAAGAGCCCAAGUGAUCCAAAGGACAGCCCCUUCGCCAAGAAGCCCCGCAAGAAUGCGCCGUUGCAAGCCGCUUUGUCCGAACAUUUGGGUAUGGAAGAAGUAUCCAAGCCUGGAGUCGCUUUCCUUUCUCCCAAUGAAGCUGAUUGGUAA